GGGGUUGCGGUGGUAAUCUGACGGUCAGCCGGGUGAAGAAAGCAAGGCUUGGUCGAUCGAGCAGCAGUCCCCUCGCGCUUCUCUCUUCUGUGUCCUGAGUGCUCAGUGUGCUGCUCUGCUCGGCUUCCUCGAGAGCACGCACAUGCCCCACUCUCGUCGCGCUUUGCCGUAGCAGCGUCCUCCCCCCACCUCUCUGCAGGCAGGCAAUCUGAGUUUGCUGCGAUGGCUCAACUCCAGCCCGUCGGCAAGAAGGACGAUGAUCGAGAGGAUGAUUCCGAGUACUCUCCCUUUUAUGGUAUCGAGAAGGGGGCUGUUCUUCAAGAAGCGCGCGUUUUUAAUGAUCCUCAACUCGAUGCCAGGAGGUGUGCUCAGGUCAUCACCAAACUUCUUUACCUCCUCAAUCAAGGCGAGACCUUCACCAAGACGGAGGCCACGGAAGUUUUUUUUGCCGUCACCAAGCUUUUCCAAUCCAAAGAUAUUGGUCUUCGGCGAAUGGUCUACCUGAUCAUCAAGGAAAUAUCACCUUCAGCUGACGAAGUUAUUAUUGUUACAAGUUCCCUGAUGAAAGAUAUGAAUAGCAAGACAGACCUGUAUCGAGCGAACGCCAUCCGAGUCCUUUGUAGAAUCACCGAUGGGGGCCUCUUGGGGCAAAUCGAGCGGUAUCUCAAGCAAGCAGUCGUGGACAAAAAUCCUGUCGUUUCAAGCGCUGCUCUUGUCAGCGGUUUCCACUUACUUCAGAGCAAUCCAGACAUAGUGAAGCGAUGGAGUAACGAGGUGCAGGAAGCUGUGCAGUCGAAAGCCUCCCUCGUACAAUUUCACGCCCUUGCCUUGCUACAUCAGAUAAGGCAAAAUGAUCGCUUGGCAGUCAGCAAAUUGGUUACUAGCCUCACCAGGGGAACUGUUCGUUCUCCAUUGGCCCAAUGCCUUCUCAUUCGAUACACAAGCCAGGUUAUUGAGGAGUCUUCCGCCAAUCCACAGUCUGGUGACCGACCCUUUUAUGAUUACCUUGAGGGAUGUCUACGUCAUAAAGCAGAGAUGGUUAUCUUUGAGGCAGCAAGAGCAAUUACGGAACUGAGCGGGGUCACAAGCCGUGAACUUACUCCUGCGAUCACAGUCCUGCAGCUGUUUUUAAGCUCAUCUAAGCCAGUGAUGCGUUUUGCCGCCGUUCGUACUUUGAAUAAGGUGGCAAUGACGCACCCUCCGGCUGUUAUGAACUGUAACAUAGAUAUGGAGAGCCUCAUUUCUGACCAGAAUCGCAGUAUUGCGACGUUAGCCAUCACGACACUUCUGAAAACUGGCAACGAAUCAAGUGUAGAUCGCCUGAUGAAGCAGAUUACAAACUUCAUGCUGGACAUCGCCGACGAGUUCAAGAUUGUCGUUGUGGAAGCGAUCCGGUCCCUUUGUCUUAAGUUUCCACAAAAGUACCGAAUAUUGAUGAACUUUCUGAGCAAUAUACUGAGGGAAGAAGGUGGUUUCGAGUACAAAAAGGCGAUUGUUGAAUCAAUACUCAUCCUCAUCCGGGAGAUUCCGGAGGCGAAAGAAAGUGGUCUGUCUCACCUGUGUGAAUUCAUCGAGGACUGUGAAUUCACGUAUCUUUCAACGCAGAUCUUGCAUCUUCUUGGGAAUGAGGGUCCAAGGACGGCGGAUCCUAGCAAGUACAUUCGCUACAUUUACAAUCGUGUUGUACUUGAAAAUGCAACUGUGCGUGCAAGUGCUGUAAGUGCUUUGGCAAAGUUUGGAGCUGCUGUGGAGUCACUGCAGCCUCGCAUUCUCGUGCUGAUCCGAAGAUGCCUGUAUGACAACGACGAUGAGGUGCGAGAUCGUGCCACUCUUUAUCUCAACUACCUAAAUGGAGGAGGAAAUGAAGCUCACAGCAAGACGUUCCUGUUUACCAGCCUUGACGUUCCACUUGUCAACUUGGAAUCGAGUCUGCUGUCUUAUGAUGCAAGUGAGAGAAGAUUCGAUAUGUCAGCUGUACCGAGGGAGAUGAAGCAUCAGCCAAUGCUUGAGAAGAAAACUCCUGCGAGCAAGAAGGCUGCUAAAGAAGCGGGCCAAAAAGCAUUUGCAAAUGGUCACCUUACAUCUAGUGCGUCUGAUGCAUACGAGAAGUUGCUGAACUCGUUUCCAGAAUUUUCUGGUUUCGGUAAACUUUUCAAGUCAUCACCACUUGUUGAGCUUACCGAGGCGGAAACCGAGUAUUCUGUGAAUGCUGUGAAGCACAUCUACCCGCAGUACGUGGUGUUGCAGUUCAACUGUACGAACACUAUAAAAGAGCAGCUCCUCGACGAUGUAAGUGUAGUCGUGGACACGUCCGAGGCGGAAGAUUUUAUCCAGGUUGCCUCGAGAAAGCUGUCUUCCAUGCCUUAUGGAGCACCUGGACAAGCGUUUGUUGCUUUCCAAAAGACAGAAGGUCGUUUGUGUGUCGGGAAGUUCUCCAAUAUCCUGAAAUUCCGUGUGAAAGAGGUCGAUCCAAACACAGGGGAUUGUGACGAUGAAGGUUAUGAGGACGAGUACCAGCUGGAAGAACUUGAGGUGACAGCAGCAGACUAUGUUCUGAAAACUGUAGUAACGAACUUCAGAGGUGCAUGGGAUGCCAUAAAUGCCGAAAAUGAGAUGGUAGAUGAGUACGGAAUCGGAGUCAGAGAGAGUUUGCAGGAAGCAGUGCAAGCAGUAAUCACCAUUCUUGGAAUGCAACCUUGCGAGGGUACCGAGUCUGUCUCAAGUAACGCCAGAUCACACACUUGCUUACUUGCUGGUCAGUUCAUUGGUGGAGCCCAAGUGCUGGUGAGACUGCAGUUUGGUAUAGAUGCACAAAAGCAAGUGGCAAUGAAGCUCACGGUCAGAUCCGACGACCCAGAAGUCUGUGCACAGAUUCACGAGAUCAUAGGGAGUGCAUAAGUGAUCAUUUUCAGCUUGCUCAAAAUUUGAAGGCGACUGAGUCCCGUCCACAGGCCCAACUUACAUUUGAGGUGAUUGGAUAGUACUCCUGAUUCUUUUCACCAUUUCCUCUUUGGCCGACCCAACGUAGUUUUAGUUACUGGAUACGAUUGACAUAAGAGUAGAAGGGGGAAGCCUCAGACAAGAAGGCCGAGUCACUGGCUGACUGAGGAUUUUUAAUGGUGUGCAGCAUUCAUUCUUGUUUAGUAUUGGUCACAUUCAGUGAAGUUGCAAGACUGUCAAGCACAUGCCAUCCAAUCAUAGACCGUUGAUUGUGAGAAGGAUUGGUUGCUGGAGGAUGGUAGUCAUAAUUAUUGUAACCAACCCAACUUGGUCCGUUAGCUCCACCUGACUUUUGGGAAACUCAUGCGAUCGGUCUCACCAGUACGGUAGGAAAUUCUGGUUCCCAAUUUUUAGCCACCUGCCAAACUUGCAAGCUACCGCAGGGUCUGAUGGAUCAUGAAACAAUUGGUCAUGUAGCAUACAGUGAAGGUUGCAGAUAGUCGAGCUUUCUAGUGUUUCAUUCAGGUGUAUAUGGUGAAUUGAUAAGAAGGCCAUCAAGUUUCCAGUUGGACAUGUAGCAGCUCAUCUUGCUGUUCGACAUGAGUUUAGCAGGAGGGAGGUCUUCUGUGUGGUCCAGUGUGACAAGACUACGCAUUGAGACGCAGUGUCAUCCGUGAGGAAAAUGGAUACAGAUUAUACCUAGUAUCUCUAAUACAAGGGAAAUUUUUUUUUUGUCUUUCUCAUGAGGCGUCACUCGAACGUUCCACCACACCAUGCGAUUGUUUGCAACUUGAUCUUCUAGACGAUAUACUACAUAGUUACGUAGAGCAGAUACCCACCAGGUAGGUGGUGGUUCUAGAUCAGCAAUGUGUCGUUGUUUUGACAAUCUACGGGAAUACGUCAAGUAGUGUAGGAGUUCCAGAGGUCAAAACCUGGA